AUGGCCGCCCUCGGGGAUUUGAGGGUGGAAGAGAAUUUGAGGGUAAAGAUAGGUGAGGCAAAAAAUCUUCCAUCUCAUAGUGUAUCGAACAGUGGGCGCAACACGUUUUGUGCAGUCCGGCUAGACUCGGAGGAAAUUUUCAGGACAACGACGAUUGAGAAGUCUCUAAAUCCAUUCUAUGGAGAAGAGUUUCAGGGUGAAAUACCAAAGAAGUUUCGAUUCUUGUCUUUUUAUGUCUAUGAAAGUAGUGGAAAAACAGAAAAGGUGCUUGGUAAGGUGACUCUGAAAAAGGAGGAAUUAUACAAGUACCACAACAAGGAACACUGGUUUCCUCUCACACAUCAAGAUGUCGAUGCAGAAGUUCAGGGCAAAGUGCACAUUGAGGUGCGUUUUGAUGAAUACCUCAACACCAACCCUGAAUCAUUUGCUUCACACCGGAUGACUGUCAGGGUUUUGGAGUGUAGUGAUUUGUCAGUAGUGAAUGGGUCAUGCAAUCCUUAUGCUGUUGUCACUCUGUCGCACGAUAAGUCGAAACACAAAGACGUCAAGAGAACAAAUGUCAAGAAGAAGACCAUUUGUCCUCAGUUUGAAGAAACGUUUUUCUUUGAUCUGGAAAACAAAGGACAAAAUCAUGACCGGACAUUGUAUGCAUUUGAAGAUGCCUUCAGUGGAGAAUUGAGUGUAUCUGUGUGGCACGAUGACUCGCGUGUGUCCCGUGAGGUUCUCGGUCACAUGUUCCGGGGCUCGUUUCUUGGAGAGGUGCGGAUACCGCUGCGAGGUCUCGACAUUAAUACAAUACACAGUGCAUGGUAUUGUUUGCGUGGCCGAGAACACAGCAAAAAUCAUCAUCAGGAAAUGGGUUCUUUACGACUGAAAAUCUCGUAUGAAACAGAUCAUAUAUUUUUGUCUCACUAUUACAACGAUCUCAGAAAGUUCAUCUUACAGUCCCCAGAUGUGCAUCCGAUAACCUCAAGUGCUGCGUAUAUCCUAGGGCAUAUUGUGGACAACCGGCAGGAGUGUGCACAGCCUUUGAUGAAAUUGUUCCUCCACCAUGACAAACUAGUCCCCCUUGUCAAGUGCCUCGCUGACUGGGAAAUGUCAAAAACCACUGACAGCAACACCUUUUUCCGAGGAAACACCUUGGUUACGAAGAUGAUUGAUGAGCUGAUGAAACUAGUGGGAAUACCUUAUCUCCACGAUACUCUCAAACCAUCUAUUAGCAAGGUGUGUUCUGAGCAGCUAGCAUGUGAGAUUGACUCCACCCGACUGAAGGACGGAGAGAAUAUUAACGACAACUUGACUAACUUGAAGAACUAUGUGGUCGAUAUGGUGACAGCGAUAACGAACUCUGGUCUGGUCUGCCCUGUCAUUAUGAGGGAAGUGUUCCACGCCUUGAAAGAAGUAGCUACCACACACUUCCCAGAAAAUGCCAUGAUAAAGUACAGAGUCAUCAGCAGUUUUGUGUUCCUUCGAUUCUUUGCUCCAGCCAUCUUGGGACCAAAGCUUUUUGAAAUUCACGCCGAGCCACAGGCUACCUCGAUAGGCAGAACGCUGACUUUGAUCUCGAAAGCAGUUCAAGGUCUUGUGAAUGUUGUCAGUUCCAAAUCAGUGCCUUUCAGUGUGAAGGAAGAAUACAUGAUUCCUCUCUUUGACGAUUUGACUGAGACUAAGUUUGUUGAUGCAAUUAAAAUGUUUCUCGAUAUUGUGUCUUCACCAACUGGUACCCACACUCAAUGCUUUGAAGCGCCCAUAAUACUCAAAGAAGGAAUGUUGAUCAAACGAGCCCAGGGAAGAAAACGGUUUGGACUGAAGAACUUCAAGCGCAGAUUCUUCUGUCUGACCAAUCAGUCUUUGUCAUAUUCCAAAACAAUGAAUGAAAAGCCACUGUGUUCCAUUCCUAUAGAAGACAUCCUUGCUGUUGAGAAGCUAGAGGAAGAGUCAUUCAAGAUGAAAUAUAUGUUUCAGGUGAUCCAGCCACAGCAUGCUUUAUACAUCCAGGCAACGAAUUGUGUGGAAGAGAAACAGUGGUUGGACAUUCUUACGAAGGUUUGCAAUACCAACAAGAACAGACUGCAGAUGUACCACCCAGCUGCCUACAUGAAUAACCACUGGCUUUGCUGUAAGUUGGCUGACAGCAAUGCGCCUGGCUGUAGUCCGGUGUCGGGCGGUCUCCCGGUAACAGAGAUGCAGAUUGACGUUGAUUCGGACCGGGAGGUGGAAAAGAUUCACUCGCUGUUUCUCACAUACAUGGACAAACUAGAUGCCCUACAAGCUUGCAUGGAAAAUCACAAUGAGGCAUGUGCCUGUCAGGAGGUGUACUCUGGUGACAGUUUCCAGCAGCACUCGGUUGUCAUUGAUGACACGAAGUCGUGCUACGAGACGCUGGCAGAGAUCCAGAAGCACGUGAUCAGUCUGGAGCAGGCUCACAAGCAGUACCUGAAGAUGCUGCACAAACACACCAUCGUCGGAUCCAUAGACGCCCCCAUUGGAGAUGAGAGUUACGGACUGGGCAUGUCUGGCACGAGGCUCUAGCAGGGUUUAACACCAUACCCUUUCUACAAGAACAACUCCAUCAGUAUUUCUCAUAAUCACAUCAUCAUUCAUUAGAAGAACGGACCCAACUUCAGGACAGAACUAACUACUGUGACAACCUGUAUGUUAAGAUACAGCCACUAGCUAGACUCUCGUCAUUGUACAUCAGAACAAUGGAGCAGUUCUGAUCGUUAUAGGUUAAUGUCAUUGUACAUCAGAACAAUGGAGCAGUUCUGAUCAUUAUAGGUUAAUGUUGACUACAGAGGUUAUGACUAAAGGUGAACAGAACUAAUAUCAGUACCUGUAUGAGAUAAAACCGCUAGUGUCUCUUGAGUGUACAAAAGAAUAAUUGCGUAUUUCUGAUCAUCAGCUAUAGAAGAAAAGAACUAUAGUCAAAAGCAUUCUGUUAAGAUACAGCCUCUAGACUUUUUUUCUGGGUACAUCAGAAGUUAUGAUACAGCCUCUAGACUUUCUUCAGGGUACAUCAGAAGUUAUGAUCCAGCCUCUCGACUUCAGGGUACAUCAGAAGUUAAGAUACAGCCUCUAGACUUUCUUCAUGGUACAUUAGAAGUUAAGAUACAGCCUCUAGACUUUCUUCAUGGUACAUUAGAAGUUAAGAUACAGGUGUAAUUAUUUAAGACAAACAGAACAUUCUUCUGCUUGUCCUCAAAGAUGCACCUUCAGUAUGACGUAGUGUAGUAAUGACUGAGUAUUUUAAACAUAGAUUAAAGGGAUUUAGUCUCUUCAGGGGACAUCUCUGUCAGAAGAAGUUUGUAUAGUAGUGAUUAAGUAGUUUAACCACAGAAUAAAGGUACACAAAAUUUUCUAAAGUCAUUGUAUGGUAUUUCUGUUUGAAACUAACCAUUUCUGUGGGUAAGAAUAUUCAUUUCUGUAUGUCGGUUUUUUUUUCUCUUUUUGUUCUCCUAUCAGAUUCUGUAAAGGAUCGAAGCAGUGUCUUGAUGUGACCAUGGGCAGGAUGUAGUCCAGUGGUAA